AACUCCAAAUUUGUCUUGGCUUCUGCAGGCCUUUAACCUAAAUUAUAGGGCACGUACAUGUGCAGGAUAUAUAGUGCAGUUUGUAAUCAAAUUUUUUUUACAAAUUCUUGCAUUACACUCAUCAACGUAAUUUAUUCGCAACUAUACAGUAUUCCUGAAGUAAUCUCAUAUAGAAGUUCCUAGUAUUUACGGAUAUUUAACAUUAAUGAAAAUUCUUCAAAAUACAGGGAAUAUGCCGACGAAAAUACAGGAUCUGAGAAGUACAGAGUUCUUGAAUCACAUUAAGAAAUCAUUAUACUACCCUACAAAACCAGUGACCAAUUACUUAUCUUUACCACUUUUAGAAUUAGCAUCUGAGUUCUUCACAGAAGCAAGUGGUCAUCUACUAGAAAAACUUGAUAUGGAAGAAACAAGUAGAAUAUCUAAUGCUAUAAGUGCUUCCCCUUGUGCACUUGUGCUAGCUCUACUAUAUGUUGAAAGACUGAAAAACUGUAACCCCAAAUAUCUUCAACAAGUAGCACCACUCGAACUAUACUUAAUAUCUUUGAUGGUGGCCAGUAAAUUUCUACACGAUGAUGGUUCAGAAGACGAAGUUGUGGAUGCAGCAUGGGCAAUUUCAGGAAGGAUAACCUUGUCUAGAACAAUUAAAUUAGAAAUGGAGUUUCUUAAAGCAGUUAACUGGAUGGUGUUUGUGCGGGAAGAAACGUUUUGGGAAAGGCUGGGACAAUUGGAGAAAGAUUUGGCUUAUCGGCAAGUGCAGAAGCGAGGCUGGUGCUCAUAUACCGAGCUAAACUGCCUUAUGAAUUCUGACCAAUUGAUUGCAAUUGCGAACUCUCUUGUACUAGUCUGCGGUAUCUGUCUGACGGCCUAUGUAGCCUGCUUCUUAAUUAUGUUUGGAAGCACACUUGUUCUUGAGACAGUCACUUUGUGUUGCAUUUGGUUUGUCCGGUCGUGGCAGUUCGUGGACUUAAACGAAACGAACGUUACAUCGUGCAACAACAUUUCGCCGAAUCCUCUCAUUGGUGCGCGAUCUUGUGUGUUCAAUGACGAGCAUAUGAUGUCUGCUUGUUCGUUGUCCGACGACUACAAAGAUGAGGAUCAUAUCGUCGCAAAAAUCCAAAAUAGGAGCGAUUACGUUGGUAAUGAUGUUAACAACAGCGACGACAGCAAUGACAGUUGGCAGUGGUGGUUGAACUCGACCAUGACUUGGUUGGCCGAAUACUCUGAUUCUAAGAACUGCAUAAGCCAGAUCAUCAAGUUUGAUGACACUCAAUCAAUUUUCGAUAACACAAAGUUUUCGUUUAAUUCAACGCAAAAGCAGAGGAUAAGGAACACUGAGGACUUCAUGCUGCAUUGUCAAAAAGUGCUAUUCUCAAUUCUGAAUCAGUUGACGACAUUUGGGACAAGAUUAAUCUAUUUACAUCGCAAGAUUUUUUCAAAAUCAACUAGUAUUGAUUUUUUAGUUCAAAGUCGACGGUUCGACCGUUAGACAAAGGUUUUUGGGAAAGAAAUUUAGAUAUGCAUACGUGUACGCGUGCACGUGACAAACAAAUAUAUAAAUAUAUAUAUAUUUUUAUAUCAACUUUUAUGCAACGUUCGAUACCAAUAGACGCGCUUUUUCAUUAUUUUUAUCUUGUACCGAAUAUUUGUAAUAUAUAUUUUUUUUUCUUUUUUUUAUAUUUAUAAUGUUGUUAUUAUUGGUUUAUAUCAAAGUUUUUUCUAAUUAUUGAGAAAUCUUUUAUCUAUUAAUAAUAAUAAUUAUUAUAUAAACUUUGUUUAACACACUUUAUAGAUUUAUACAUUAAAUACACUUAGUAAGAUAAAAGUCGUGUUAUUGUAGUUAAAGAUGAAAUGUUUGUAGAGGAAUUUGUGAUAAAGUGCUUAUUGCAAGUGCAGGACGGUUACGGCCCCCUAAUUCACAAGUGAAUUAAUUAUAGCUUCCUAAUUUUCGAACAUAACAUCCACUGGCGUUCCCUCUUCUUUAGACAAUUCAGCUACCGUUACGGAAAAGCGCGGCUAUCGGUAUAGGCGUCAUACCCAGGAGACAUCCAAUUGUAACUCCAAUGACUCGGCCCUGUACAUUAAAUGAAGAGUUAACAUAAUUUUUCGUUGAUAUUAUUCAAGGGGGCGACGGUAUAAAAUUUUCGUAAAUAUAUUAAAUUCCAACACAAAUUGUUAAAUUAUUGAAUGUGAAAAAUUAAAUACUCUACUUUCUAUUUGAAAAAUCCAGGAGUCAGUGAUAAUUUGCAAAACAACGCGCGAUGGUUCAAAAUAAAGUUACGAGCUCUUUCCAGCAAAAA